AUGAUAUUCAAACCACAGGAUCCCCAUCUUCGAGUGGAUGCCAAGUUUCCUCUGUUCACUGCAUCAGUUUUCCCGAUUCUUAAACGUUUUUCGAGGAAACAUCCUAUUUCUAAUCUCACGCCUAUUCAACGUUCUGGUCUACGUGAGAUGCGCGAACUCUCAACACGUGGCGAGAUAAAGGUCACAAUCAGCGAUAAGGAAGGAGACUUUGUGGUCAUAUCACGUAAACUAGACAUGGCCAUCACUCAAAAACACUUGGAUGACGCUACAUUCUACCACUCCUCGUCACAUGAAUAG